CCCCGACAAGUUCCACUUCAAGUCCUGCAAGUUCAACAUCCGCCGGUGUAAGGAGUCCACUGGCCGGGUGGUCAUGUGGAGACAGAUGAGGAUCUUCAACAGCUUCACUCUAGAGGCCACCUUUAGCGGGACUGUCAUGGACAAGGACAAGUGCCGCCACUUCAACAUCCUAGACUUUAUGGAGAUGGGCAAAGUGUUGGCCCAGGCGGUGUUGGACUAUCACAGGCUGCAGGAGGAUCAGACACAAGAGCGAGUCCCAGGCCGCGUCGAUGAAGGAGAGCGCCGAGAAGUGGACGGGGGCGCUGCUGACCUUGCUCAACACGCCGCGGGAGGUCAAGGACGUGACCCCGGAGGUCAGCGGGAAGUCGGGUGACGAGGGGAAGGACAAGGCGAGGAGAGAGGAGACCUCGGAGCAGUUCCAGCGACAGUGAUAGCGAAUCGGAACCGGAAAUGAAAGCUCCGGAGCCCAAACCACGAAAGAAAAAGCGACGCUCCAAAAAACAGCGAGACAAAGAUAAUGAAAAGAAACUGUCGGUUGUGACAGAGAAAAAGCUGCCAGACGAUGUCAAGGUGAAAGCCCUGUCGAAACCUCUCCAGCCCCGCCACAGUUUACCCCUGAUCACAACUUACAAGAACUGAGCUCCACACCGGCCCAGCCUCUGAACGGCGCCAACUCUUACCUCAUGACGUCACUCAACUCUGUGGCCCGUCAUAACAGGGACUUGCUGGACCAGAGACCUGGGGAGCCAAACUCGCCGAGGGAACCUCACAACAACACAGACAGAAUCGGGCGGGAACAUCACGGCACAGACUGGAUCGGGAGGUGCAAAACUCUGGUCGACGAGACGGCGGGCAGCCAUGUCGUCUCCAAACACAGACACUCUGGGCCUCGCCACUGCUCCACAGAGCAGUCGGACGACAACGACGACUACACCCUCACCAACAACAACAACAGCAACAACAACAACAAAAACUACAGUUACUACUACUACAGCAACCGCAACACUGUCUUCAUCAACGGCGGCAGCAGCAACAACAACAACAACACCUCCACCAGCGGACACAACAACCUGUCACCGUCUGCUGUCAGCGCGAGUCAGGGCAACCUCUUGGAUUACCUCCCCGUGACGGCCAGAAGAAACCCGUACCAACAGUUGGACCCCCUGGCCCCCCGCCCCUCCCCCCUGAUGUCCACCUCUCAAAUGUCUGGCUCCACCCCCUCUCUGUCCGUCCCUCUCUUCCCCUCCGCCUCUGUACCCAUCACUAACUCCCUCACUCAGCCUCACUUGUCGCAGGCUUCCAACUCCUCCCCUUCUGCCUUAAACCCACCCACCAACAGCUUGAACAGCCUCCACACACCCACCAACAGCCUCCACACACCCAUCCAUAUAGCUUCGGCUGUCUCCCUCUCGGGUCUGGACUCUGUGCCAAAAGUCGGAGAAGCUCCGCGCAGCCUGACGUCGCGUGUGGCCGGGAAAAGAGACGACUCUGCCGCCAUUCUGCGACAUUUACGAGAUCUGAGCUCCCUAGCCGCCCCGCCCUCACUCCGCAAUGACGGCCAGAGAUACAACAAGACCCCAGUGGUGGGCACGGUGAAGAAUUCGCUCUACACGCCCGCUGGAAGCGUGGUGGCGCUCAGGGAAACAUCCGUGGAGGGCCGAGACGGAAGUGGGGACUACCGCAACGACCUCAGCAAACUGCGCAGUUUGAGUGGUAACAAUGGCAACCUUAGCAAGCCACAGCACGUGGGGCAGCUGGUGAACCAACUGACGCAGAACCUGUCAGGGAACAACAACAACCUCCCCGGGGUCACAAAGCGACAUCUGCGAUACAAGAGUUCCCACCUCCGCUCCCUGUCCAGGAGCAGUCCCUCGGCCCAGUCCGCCUCCCCUCUGAUGACGUCAGGUCUGGUGCCAGCCAAUCGCAUCAUCUUGCCCGAUCACAUGACUACCCAACGAGUGGACGACAAGACUCGGUUAGCAGCCCGUCAGCAUAACAGUCAGAUGUCGGUUUAUGACUCGCGGGGCUGA